ACAGUAAUAACAGUAACAAGGGAGAAAACUUUGGAACGGUUUCCAUUGAAAAUGUUUGUAAUGAUCAGUUAGAGAAGAAGAAAUAGAGAGGGUAUAAAAAUAACGGAAACUAUCAACACAACAAAACCAGGGACAGUAAGAGUGACCGUCUAUGUGUCUGGCAGGAGCUGUAUUUAUGAGCCCUGAGCAGCGCGGUCUGGAGGGGCUGUGAUCUCUGCAGUUAGCCGCGGAGCUAACGCCUGAGCUCGGGUCAUUCUGCGCUGUCAGCAUCGCUGCGUGACGCUACGCUGCAAACACCACGCCUGCGCCGUUAAAUGACUCCCAGUCACUGAUAAUGUAGCACCUAUCGGGUAAAUAUGUAUUUAUAGGCAUGGCAAACAUUUAGGCACUAAUAUAUUCUGAUUUCAAAGAACAAAACGGGUCAUUGUCAAGGCCACGGAUGGAGCCGGGGCGUCAGCGUGAGAACCCCCCCGGAUCCGGGGAGCCUGAGUCAGGGGAGUGGAGAGAGCAGAGCGCCGCGGUGGAGCCUGGGGAGAGGGACGACACCCUGAAAAACAGAAGCGGGGAUGGAGGAAACGAGGAAAUUACGAGCAAAACCGAAAACACUGUGGUGGCGGAGACAGAUAAUGCUGAGUUUGAUGAAGAUGAGGAGCAAUAUGAGGAAGAGCUGGACCCCAGGAUUCAGGAGGAGCUGGAGCACUUGAAUCAGGCCAGCGAUGAGAUCAACAGAGUGGAACUACAGCUGGAUGAAGCGAGAUCCAGCUACAGGAGGAUCCUUACAGACUCGGCACGCAAACUCAAUGCUCAGGGCUCUCAGCUGGGAGCCUGCAUUGAGAAAGCCAGACCUUACUACGAAGCCCGUAGACUCGCUAAAGAGGCUCAACAGGAGACCCAGAAGGCAGCGCUGAGGUACGAGAGGGCUGUCUCCAUGCACACGGCUGCCAGAGAGAUGGUUUAUGUGGCUGAGCAAGGUUUAUUGGCUGACAGGAACACAUUGGACCCUACCUGGCAAGAGAUGCUAAACCACGCUACAGCCAAGGUGAACGAGGCAGAAGAGGAGCGCUUGAGGAGCGAGAGGGAGCACCAGCGUGUCACUCAGCUUUGUCAGGAAGCAGAAGCACGUGUGCAGACUUUGCAGAAGGCUCUUAAGAGGGUCAUUAUCAAGUCCAAGCCUUAUUUUGAGCUCAAGGCUCAGUUCAACCACAUCUUAGAGGAGCACAAGUCCAAAGUCGUCCAGCUGGAGGAACGGGUGGCGAAGGUGAAGACCCGAUAUUCUGUCGCCCUCCGCAACCUUGAGCAAAUCAGCGAGCACAUCCAUGCGCAAAGAGGGCGCAUUCGUGCCGCCAAAGAGCGAAACAGAGCCCGUGGGGGGCGGAGCUCUCCAGUGGGGGCGGAGUCUGAGGGUGUAAUCCAGGCAGGGGCAUAUGGAGGGGUGGUGGCCAAUCCCUUAAUGGAUAAUGACUGGGCUGAUCAGGAGAAAACCAGGCAGUGGGUGGAGAAACACAGGGAGGCGGGGUGGGGCCAGAGAGAGAAGGCGGGGUCAGACUCCAUGUCAGUCAUCAGCCUGCAAACCAUCGCCUCCGACCUAGAGAAGUUCGAUUCUGUGGAGCACUUGGGCAACCUUAGUGAUGUCGGAAGUAUAAUAGGUGAGGAGAAAGAGGCAGAGAGCGAGAGAGGAUUUAGGGUCAAUGAUAGAAUAGUAGAGAGAGAGGUGGCGAACCUCUCGAGACAGGACGCAGAGAAAGGUGCCUCAGGGACGGAUAGAGAGCAAGAGAGCUUUGUGAAGCAGCACCACAGAAGUGUUAGUUUGUGAGGAAACAGGAAAUUAGAGUUGCCUGUAACUCCACCCCAGUCUUGGAGGGCUAAUAGUUCAGCCAAAAAUUAAAAUUCCAUCAUUUAUUACUUACCUGCAUGUUUUUCUAAACCCGUAAAACCCUCGUUCAUCUUCGGACGCAAAUUACGUUUUUUUUUUUUUUUUUUUGAUGAAAUCCGAGAGCUCUCUGACCAUCCAACGCAACUGAAACUUUAGGCCCAGAAACGUACAGUAGUGAGGUCAUCGUUAAAAUAGUCCAUGUGAUAUCAAUGGUUCAUCCAUAAUUUUACGAAGCUACAAGAAUAGUUUUUGUGUGCAAAGAAAACAGAAAUAACCCUGAGUAACCGUCAUCUGUCAUUAUCGAAAGUACAAUGACGCAUGAGUGUGCGUUCCUCUGCACGUAAACAACGUAUGUGGUACUCUCUAUUAUGGUGGAAGAAGAAUUGUUAAAUAAAGUUGUUUAUUUGAAUUCACAUAGCUUUGUAAAAUUACAGUUGAGCUACUGAUGUCACAUGGAUUGUUUUACCGAUGUCCUUACAAUGUUUCUGGGCCUGGGAACAU